AUGUCCAAUCCAAAGCCGGGGCCCGUCUUUCUGGACCUCAGAUCCAAAUCGCAAACCUCCGUUUCCCGACCACUGCGAUCACCUCGUCUUCAUAUCGCCGGCGAAGCUCCUCCCGAACUCUCCCCUCUCGAUGCAUUUGCCCUACAGAGUAGGCUGCUCGCCAAGCAGCUGGAGGAAAGCGCAAAGCAGGGAAGACGAAUGAGCCGGCUGCCGCCGUUGAAUGACGACAGCCCCUUAAUCGUUCAGGCCAGAUCUGAGUACUUCCGUUCUCUCUCGCAGGACUCAGUUUCAGACGAUGGUGACGCUGGCGCGCACCAAAAUAUGGGUCUUGGCUUGAAGACCCAGGUGGAUGACAACAUCGACAACCGGCCCAGGUCGAUGCACCCCCGCCUGAGCAACAUUCCUCCCACUCCCGACGACUCUAUCCCGGUUCCGGCGGUACCAAACAUGGAUUCGUUCAAGGGAAGGCAGCCGAGUGACGCAGGCGACGGUGAGCUCUUCUUCAGCUUGGGUGCACGCAGGGAACGGUCCCCAUCGCCGAUGGAGCAGGUCAAUGAUCCCAGCGACAAGCAGGCAUGGGGGAGGUCACCAACCCAGGACAGCCUACCUCAGCAGUCACCGGUGCCCAGCUCUAUUAUGGCCGGUUCUCCCGAGAGAACCAACAAGAACUCGUUUGAUGCUGCGGCACUUGUCCCUCCUCGACCGAUCUUUGCCAAACGCUCCUCCAGUCUAAUGUCUUCGGAUGAGGAGGCUACCAGUGCGUUGAGCAUCUCGAUGCAUUCUCAGGGUUCUCGAAAGUUUUCUGCCAGUAGCGGUGUCCUGUCUCCCAGUUUCGCUCCGUACCAACGAUCGCCUUCCGUCGCUUCAGAUGCCUCUGGACUGCCUCGGCCGCAGUUCAACUUCUCUAGACCGUUGAGCAGGGCAGGCACCCCGAGUUUUGAUUCGCCGGCGCGACAGGCGUCAUCCGAUAGCCAUGGGCCCUUCAUGCUCGCUGAUGACCCUGCUUGCACGCCUACUAGCAUGGGGAGCGAAGGGUUCCAGGAGCAGACAGUCGACGAUGGCACGUCCCCUGCUCCGUCAUAUAUCUACUCGAAGUUCUCUUUACCACGCGGCAAGCCCUUACAAAGAAAUUCAAUCAUCCUACUUAAUGAAUGGCUUAACCCAUCUCCCUCGGUGGAAGACGUUCCCCUCGCCCAGACGAGGACGAACCAAACUUAUCCCAUGGCUGGGCAACCUCCACCGUCCCCACCGACCCGGCCAUCUAGCGCCUCUGAGAGCCGUUCAUUUGGAGGCCUUAUUUCACGGCCAUCGCAGGAGCGGAGUAAGCUCAGCACCGAAGUCUUCCGCCCUGCCCAGCAGCCCUCUCCAAACCCGAGCAGACCAUCGACGGACGAUGCUCGUGUCUCUGAGGAUAGAGAAAGGGUGCGAUCUCUGGUGUCCCCUCUUCGCGGGACUGCCACUGGCACGUCAUCUGCGUCUACGGCAACUAGCGACUCCGCCAGCACGAUCAAGGCAGGGCUGCCACAACAUUCCUCAGUGCCUGCUAUGUCAGACCUCUCGGCAGAGGAGCAUGUUAGCAAGGCUAUUGCCCUGCACGAGAGCGGCUCUCUCCAGGAAUCGACGUGGCACUUACGACACGCUGCCAAGAAGGGGCAUCCUACCGGGAUGCUGCUCUACGCCCUUGCCUGCCGUCAUGGCUGGGGGAUGCGCCCGAACCCGCGAGAAGGGGUCGAAUGGCUUCGGAAAGCUGCGGAUUCCGCCAGUUUGGAGAUGGCAGACGAUGAAGAACAGGCCAAGGAAGGCAAGGCCGUUGAUGUUGCUGAGCGUAAGACGCGUAAGGCGCAGUUCGCACUCAGCAUCUACGAGCUCGGCGUGAGCCAUAUGAAUGGCUGGGGCAUUGAACAAGACAAGGCUCUCGCAUUGCGAUGCUUUGAGAUUGCUGCAUCCUGGGGCGACGUUGAUGCCCUCGCUGAGGCGGGUUUUUGCUAUGCUCAGGGUAUCGGGUGCAAGAAGGACCUCAAAAAGAGCGCCAAAUACUAUCGCCAAGCCGAGGCUAAAGGCAUGAGCAUGGUCGGCAACAGCUGGUACGGGCUAUAUUCCUCCGCCUUGUGA